GACUUUGGGCUUGUUUUUCUGUAAAGUUGCUUGCAAAUAUCGUCAGUCGCGGGUUGCAGGUUUUUGGGCUUGUUUUCUAAUCUGCUGUUGCUUGUUUGGGCUUGCUUUGCUCCCUGUAUGAACCCCUAUUCACUCCCAACUCUCCACAAUAAAGCAAAACACAAUCGCAACAGUUAGGAUCCGUCCGAACCCUGUUUCCUUGGUUAGCCCGCCCGCCCGAUCUAUAUAUGUUAUCAAGUGGCCUCUGUUUUACACUAUGUGGUAGGUUAGGUCACCUGUUGGGCUUCAUUUUAUUUUUUGAGGCGCCAGCUCGCUUGUUUUGGGCUUGUUUCAUAUAGCUGGUUGCUUGUUUCUCUCGCGAGAUCUGGCAACACUGUUCCGCAGUCGACGACACAGAGGAGGAAGUCAACACAGACGACAGACUGUUGUGAUCCCGCCUGAACAAGCAGAAUGGCGGACGAGGAGGACGAGACCGGCUACGACGAGGAGGUGGACGACGGGUCCACUGGUAUGGACGUCGGCCACGGGAAAAGGAAGAGGCUCUUUUCCAAGGAGCUCCGGUGUAUGAUGUACGGAUUUGGAGAUGAUCAGAAUCCUUACACAGAGUCCGUGGAUAUUCUGGAGGACCUCGUCAUUGAGUUCAUCACCGAGAUGACUCACAAAGCGAUGUCGAUCGGACGCCAGGGUCGCGUCCAGGUGGAGGACAUCGUUUACCUGAUUCGUAAAGACCCCAGGAAGUUCGCCAGAGUCAAAGACCUCCUGACCAUGAACGAGGAGCUGAAGAGAGCCAGGAAAGCUUUCGACGAAGCUAAUUACGGAUCAUAACCUGACUACAGGACAAGACUUCUUAUUUAGCGUUAUAUUUCUUCAUCUUUUUUGGUCUAAUGCACACACGGUCAUUAACCUCAAAUUAAAAUGUGCUCUCAAAACUUUGUGGAGAAGUCAGAGUAACACGUAUACUAUUCAACUUUGACUGAAAUGCUAUGCUUUUGUGUUGGCAUUGCAUAUAGACCUACACUUGGCUGUACAGUUCUCCUUGAUUUAGAGAACUUUGUUUAUUGGACCUUUUAGAACUCUUUUUUCAAAAUAAAACACAUUAAGUAAAA